AUGGCUUCUACAUCUUUAGCGGAGCAACUGAAGAAGCUAACAGUACCUCAAUCAACGAUCUAUAAGGACGACAAUAAAACAGUUUCAUUACUUUUUGACCCGAAAGAAGCCGCGAAUAAAGAUCGCGACACCUUUUAUGAAAUUGGAAUUAGCGGGUUGAGAGAACUAAUCGCAUUAUACGAAGGAUUCCGUGUGUUUGAAGAUACUCUAUUCAGCCUGUCAUCUAAGGACUUCGAAAGAGCUGUGCAGACCAAGGAGACAGCGAUUGGUGUUAUGGAUUCCAGCAAGAAAGUCACAGAAGCUAUUGUUAAUGCAUUAUUGCCUACCAUUAUAAAGGCAAUUGAAUCACCAGUUGUAGAUUUUAGGGCUUCUGCAUAUGUUACUCUGGGAUACUUGUUCACAAAAACAAGUUUAAAAGAGGACACCCUGAACGAAAUAAUCUUAAAACUUUUGACUACCGAGUUUGAUAUUUCGAUUGACGUAGCAAUCCUUAUUACAAUGGUCUACGAGAAACAGAGCCACAUGAAGAAAAUGUCAGAAGAUAUAUUAAAUGAUAUGUCUAUCGAUAUCAUGAAUUCAUUAUGCGGUCAUAUUAAGAAGUUGGUUGAAAAACGCCACAAGAUUGGUGCGUUUCUGUUAGCGUUCUUGUCCAGUGUUCUACCAUUGAUACAGGGUGAAGACUACUGGAGGUGUGUCCUCGACUCCUACCAACCUAAAAAAACAAGUACAGAUGAUGAUGGGAGUGACGUGGAAAUUAUUGAUGAAGAUGACAAUGCCAGCAAAGUUUUCAACUGGUACGCCUUAUUCUUAAAGAACCUCGAGCGUCAAUACCCAGACGCUUUCGACAAAGUGGUCAAAAAAGAAAUGAGCUCCAACAGCAAGAAUACCAAAAAAAGACGGAAUCAGCUCUCAAAAUUGUUGGGCUUCAAACCAGCAGUUGCACAUAAGGUCGGUGACACAUAUCUAUUUGAAAACCUUAACCAUGUCAAUGCGAAAUUGAGAGUAGAAGCAGUCAAAUACAUUACUAAAGAAUUUGAAGCAUUGAAGACGGAACACGCUGAUUUCGUCAAAGAAUCUAUCAUUAACAGGUUAAAUGAUGAUAAUCCUGAAGUUGUAAACACAGCCUUGGACAUCCCUACUAAAUAUUUAAAGGACAUUUUUGAUGAAGCUGAUGCUACCAGCACUUUUGUCGCUAUUGUUGGAAAGGGAUCUAAGAAAUGGAGAAGUAUUGUCAAAAAGGCUGUUACAACUUUUUGCUCUACUGAGACUUUGCCUGUCAAUCAAGAAACAGUUUUAGCUUUAGUGCCUUAUUUAUUCCCAAGUGAUGCGGAAUCUGCUAAACUGACUUGGCAAAUACUAACAUCGGCUUGGGGUAAGAAAUUUGGUCUUUCCAACAAAACGAAAGAUAUCAAAGGAUCCAUUAAAGGAGACCACGCUAAACUAUGCGAAGUUAUAUUCAAAGCGCUCUUUGUUGAUCGAACUCUGAACUUGGAUGAAAUCCUUGAUGAAAAUCAGUUGAAUAAAGGCAAUACUUUGGACGUCUGCUUUUACAUGUUGUUAAAAAGCAGUUCCCUUAAGAGCGCCACAGUAGAAGAAGUUUCAGCCAUACUAAAUCUGCUUUUAGAAUCUGUAGAAAAUAGAUCCAUAGUCCACAGUUCAGAAGGACAAGUAUUCUCCAGCCUUAUCAUGCCAGAAUUCAUAAAGCUCUGUCGUCAGAAUAAUAUGCUUUUCCAAAUUAUUGAGUAUAUUUUCUCUCGAGUGAUUGAGGAUAUGAAUGUGACCAACAUUCCUAAACCGUGGUGUGAUGUUUGUAAAACUCCAGAGACGAUCCUUAUUAGGAGGCUAUACGAAAUUUGUGUGAUCGGAUGUGCGAUCCCAAGCUACGGUGAAAACUACGUCGCUCUGCUUCAGAAAUUGUUGGAGAAAUUCUUCAAAAAUCCUCAAGAGAAAUUCGAGUUCAUUGCGAACUUUGCUUGCGGACAUAUUUUGUAUGCGACCGACCCUAAGGACGUUAUUGGACCCGAGUUGCAAAUUAGAAGUAUUAAACUGCUCACCAAUUUCCUAGCUGUACAAGAUAAAGCGACUUGGCUGCAUGACUCAGAUGUGGUGGUCCUAACUAUUUUGUUGUGUUUAAACAAUCCAUUAAGUGCUAUUCGUGAGUUGUCAAUUGAUUUCAUCAAUAAGUUAAUGAGAGAAGAACCGGAUAAGAAAUUAGUAUACGUCCAAUUGUUUGAAGAGUUACUGUCGCAUAAACAAGAAAUGUUACUCGACCAUAACCAAGUAAAACAUGUUCUAAAUACGAUACUGACUCAGAAAGACCAGAAAAAGCUGUUCAGGCGCAACUGCCUUUUAAAAUUGGUUGGUAUAUUGAACUCUGGAGCACCAUCGCACAUUAAAUCCAGUUUCCUCAAAAUUCUUUGCGAAGUCAAGAAUGCCACCGCAUUCCCGCACAUUGUACAGGUUUUGAAACCUUUAGAAGAGACUUUGCAACAAAAUACUCUGAAUACAAAGUUCAUAUUUGAUAUUUAUGAGUCUAAUAUCUUCAAGAGCGUAUAUGACCAUAUUACUGAGUCUACUAUUACUACAUUCUCAAAUGAACAAGUCUGGAGUUCUAUAGAAAUAGGUUUGAAAGAAUAUCGAGAGUGCAUCUUACAAGAGGACCAAUCAUUCGUUAGUCCAUCUGUUCUGAUAAUGAAGCAGAUAGACGAAGAUGUUUUCAAUAAAGUGCCAGAAGAAAAAUGUAAUGGUCUAGUGCACUUGAUCGCUUGUGCUGGCGCGGUCAGCAACAAUCCAUCAAUAUCGAGUGUAGCUUCGAAAGUUAUGAAGAAAAUUCAUCUGAAAUUCAGUCACUUCAAACCUAUUUUGGAAAAAAUGUUGAAUGUAGUGGAUCCAGCUGAGAAUGUGUCCAAGAAAAAGAAGUCGUCAGUCUCCAUGCUAUCUCACCAGGUAACAGAAACCGACGAUUGGCGUUUGGGAGUUGCUUUCCUCGAAUUUGUUCAGAGUAAGAAGAAAAUGAAGUUGGACAACACUUUCGUUUCGCUUCUGUUCCAAAUAUUAAACAAAUGCUUGAGAUUCGAAGAACAAUCUUACGUGGAAUAUACCAAACAGCUCAUUCUUUCAUCCCUGUGGUAUUAUUGCAAGAAAUUUGUUGACGAAAAGGACGAGGAACAAAUGAAGUCUCUUAAAUCCGUGUUUAAUGUUGAACUAGCUGUGCAGUGUAUCAGAGGUACUCAAAACCCUCAAACACAUCACCAUGCUCUCAUUCUCUUGUCCCACGCUGCAUUCAUGUUGCCAGAGCAAGUUCUUCACCACACGAUGGAAAUAUUCACGUUCAUGGGCACAUCAGUUCUUAGACACGAUGACGCGUACAGUUUCCAGAUUAUUAUCAAAAUUAUUGAGACAUUGAUACCCAUCCUGGUGAAAUUGGACAAGAGUAUUGGAGACCAUACUGAAAAAGAGCUCGAACAGUUACAAAAUCGUGUUGUUCCAGUUUUGCGUAUAUUUGCUGAUUGCGUGUUACAUGUACCGGAGCAUAGGAGGCUUCCUUUGUUCAAAAAGCUGAUUGAAACUCUAGGACCCAGUCAAUUCCUAUGGGUUUUCCUUGCUUUACUUCUGGAGACUCACGUCGCCCACUUUAGCGAGGAGAAAAAGGUAGACAAACGUAAUUCAAGAACCUUAGCGGACCAAGAAGCACCUAUCAACCGCAUUGAUUUUGGACAGAGCAUCGUGCUAGAGUUCCCACCAGAAGUCGCUUUUGAAAACUUCAUAAAACUGAUCAUUUACAUUAAAUCCCUGCCUUUGCAAAAGGAUGAGAGUGUUAUGGACACUGAUGUAGACCCAAGCGACAUAUUCAGCGUGGCUGGACAUUCUCCACUCCAAUUACGACACUACAAAUACAUGGUAAUCACGUUUAUGAACACCUGCCUGGCUUCAUCCAGGUUCAUUCAGCAUAGCAGCCAGGUCUCCGAUGAUAAGACGGCUAAAUAUUGGCGUGUGAUGUUGCAUCAUAGCUACGAUUUAUUAGAUCAUACGAACAACCUGCUCUCUGCUCCAAUGUUCCUCUCUGUCGUCAGAGGCCUUUUGAAACAUACUUUACAAACCGUCAGAAGGAAGUCCAUGGAACUACUGAACUCCAAAAUCCAAUUCAGUCCAGAAUUGUUCGAGGGUGUUGAAAAAGAUUUGCUUUUCUCGUUGUUGCCACCUUUAUUGGAUAUUGUCAAGACGAUUGAGGUUCGAGAUGAGAAUUUGAGCGAGAUAGCUGCUCAGGAACUGGAGUUAAACCAGCAAACAGCUUUACUGUGCCUGAAGUUGUUGACUAGAAUGCUGGCAUCAGAGAAUCCUGAGCCAUUUAAGAAUGUGCUGGAGACAGUUACGGACUAUACUUGUAAUCCCAACAUUGCUGGUAAUGUCAUGGCCUCUGUUGUCUUGUGUUUGGCGGAAUUGUGCAGUAAUCUAAAGGCCCAUGCUUUAGCCAGCCUUCGGAAGUUCAUGCCAGCACUUAUCAAGGUGCUGAAGAAGCAGCGAAAGGCAGAAACUCAAGAACUUGUGCUACUCAGUACAGUAACAGCCAUUGCGAAGAUUGUGGAAAGUCUACCACUAUUCCUGAGCCCGUACUUGCAGAAAAUAUUAUACGAGUAUUCCAUCUUACUGGCUAAAUGGCAGAGUCUAGAUCAGGAGUGCUCCAAAGUUUCUGCAAUAGUAUCAAAAUUGUUGACUAUUAAGAAGAAAAUUGCUGGAUCUAUACCACCCAGGGUUCUUAUCCCCGUGGUUAAUCAGACUCACCAAAUGCUUCUGGAGAAGGAGGACUUUGAUGCUGUUGGUCCUGUGAUGUCGGUAUUAGCUGACAGCUUUGCUAACGUCACUACAGCAGAUUUCACAGCUCUUCAGCAAGAUCUAACAUCAUUCUUCUUGACGGCCCUACAAUUAAGAAGUGAUGCGGUUGAAAAAGAUGUCAGUGCUGACGUUAUUGAUAGAGCUGAAGAUGAGGUAGUGAAUGCCCUUGUCUGCCUCGUUCUGAAGCUUUCAGAAACCAGCUUUAGACCGUUCUAUUUCAAGAUCUAUGAUUGGGCUAUAAGGACUAACGUUGAAGGACAGAAGGAUCGGGCAAUCACUUUUUACAGAUUAAGCUCUGCGAUCGCAGACAAACUGAAAGGCCUGUUCGUUCUCUUCGCUGGACACUUCAUCAAAAACGCAUCAGACCUCCUUGAUUCCUGCAACAACAGCAAAACUGAGGACUUGUACUUUGAAUCUGAAGAUAAAUGCUUGGCUUUAAUCAAGUAUAUUGUAAAAACUCUUCAUACAGUCUUCCUAUAUGAUAGUCAGAGUUUCCUAAACAAGGACAGGUUUGAAACUCUUAUGCAACCUGUGGUGGACCAGUUGGAGAACACCUUGGGAGGCAUUCAGAACCUUAAGUCAAGGGCUACAGAGUAUCUGAUCCCUUGUGUGUCGCAAUUUGCUGUUGCUACGGCUGAUGAUUCGUUGUGGAAGCUGUUGAAUUAUCAGAUUCUGUUGAAGACGCGGCAUAAUGAUGCUGAGAUCAGAUUGACAGCCCUAGACUGUCUCGUCGCUAUGGCAACGCAAUUAGGCAGUAGCUGGUUACCGCUUCUGGCUGAGAGUGUGCCAUUCCUCGCUGAACUUCUAGAAGAUGGUGACUCAAGAAUAGAAGCAUCUACUAAAGAUGCCAUCAGGAAACUCGAACAAAUAUUGGGAGAACCGCUUGAAAAAUACUUUUAA